CGACCGGCUGCCGAACAACGUGAGCGGGAAAUUGUGAAUAGUUUGUGGAAAGCUGCGGUCGCGGGCGCACGGUUUGUCCCGCGAAAUUUGUCAGAACGGAAUGUGUGAUAGUAUUUUGUUGAUGUGAAUUCGGACUUUACUAGUGUUUUUGAGCAUUGGUUUUGCGGCAAAUUGAUAUUUGUCGCUUGUUGGUUAUGUGAAACGUCACAGAAAGUGAUUUGAGUGUUUGUGUUCGGCGCUGUAAAUUUUCCAGAUUCAAAUCAUAGUACCGUGGGAACGGCGGCCGCAACGCACCGUCCUGCGCCUUAACUCCAUGCAGUAAGGUCGCUAUUGCAGAAGAUGUGCGUAGACAGCGGGCAAGACGAUCGCGCAUGACUGAAGCGAAGAUGCGACUGACUCUGCAUCGCGUUUGCAUUCACCUGCUGGCUUUUCUCGUAUGUCUAAACGACCUCACUUCGGCCAGGAAACGCCACACAUGCCCUAUUGGCUUCCGUUUGGCGUACACCAAAGAUGAAACUCCGAUAUGCUACCGCGAGAAAGGCCCCGAGGCUUUCGCGGACAAGUUCAAUGACUGCGUCGGCAACGUAUACACCUCGAAACUGUACCACAGUCUCAAUCUGACUAGAACCAAUAAGGUGCUAUGGACGGAGUACAAGUCCUUGUACCCUGGGGGACCGUUCAUAGACUGGUCUUACACCGAAUCCGCAGGCGACAUUCUAGUCACGACAUACGAUGUCAAAUAUGACGCCAGUCUCGGAAUAGACGAGGAAUUGUGUGUGAUUAUUGAUCCCGUGAGCAAUUUUACUGCGACCAGGUGUGAUGAAAAGCAUUAUAGGUACUGCUUUGUGCAUCCGUACCCAGAUGAGAAUGAAAUGAGCAGGAGAGGAUGCGCAGGCUUCCGUGGCUCCUGGAGGUUUUUCAGCCCGAGUUCGAACUGUUUGACUGCCGUUACGGGAGUCAGGGGAGGCACUGUGAGGGCUACGUGGCGACAGGCGCAGGAGUUGUGUGUGAAUAGAGGGGGCUCCUUGUUGCACAGGGGAUGGAGAUACUCGAAUAAUCCGUUACUGCACACAUCUGGGUCAUACCCUAUGUUCCCGCUGGGUGUGAUGAUGAACACAGAACAUGAUACGCUACGCUACGAUGCCGAUAACGAUACUGAAUUGAUCCCAUACUCGGCUUGGCAUUUUGAGACGACAAAGGCAGCCCGUGACGCCGUGCUGGGUGCCAUCCGCGACCCCUUCUGGUACCUGGUCAACAGCUCCUACGUCUUCUUCGACGUCAUCUGCGAAAAGCCCGCGCCGUUGAAACAUGUCGCCUUGAACCUCACGGUAGACUGGGAGGGCAAUAUACUUCUCGCCCUCAAUGAAACUGUAAAGAAGAGCGACAUCAACUGCUUUUCCGAUAGCCUGAUUUACUAUCCAUCCCCGACCGGUAUCAGUAAAACAAACGACGAGCGCGUUUUCCGCGUGGACCCAGACCGCGACGGCUACUACUGGUGCAUUCAAUAUGAUUACAAGAACUAUCACGUCUCCACUUCCAACAGAGCUCUCUUUAUUAGGUCGAAAGAAUCUGUGCUGAAUCUUUAUGCUUGUAAGAUCCGUUUAAGAAAAGAAUAUCGCUUCGACAACCUCGAGAAACUCUACAAAGUAUGGAAGAAGAAACUCGAAGAGUUUAUCUAUUACAAGACAAAGUACACCAGCGUAUAUGGAGAUAUGAAUACCACCAACCAUUAUGAAGCUGAAAGGGUACUGAAAGCGUUCAAAAGUGCGAAGCCCGAUUUAAACUGGAAAGACAGUGACGUGAUCUUUAAUCUGAAGAUAAAGAGGUUGUAUUUGGACGCAAGGACGGCGCUGGUGCACCUGAUGCUUAACCCGGAGAUGCAGCCACUGAUGCCUGGUGUGUGGGAUAACGUGGAGGUGCUGUUCAUGAAACCGGCUUAUGUAUGCAAGGGAUUUAAUUCUGUGCCCACUCUGCAUCUCGGCCAAUCAGUGACUACAGCUGGUUCUCGGGUGUACUCUUGCGUGGGAGACUUCAACGAGGGCGUGCAGUAUGUGGAGACUUUCCCCCACGGGUACAAUCCCCCGCCCAUCGAGAUCACCGAGUUGUACGGAGUGGAAGACGCAGAUGUGUUGACAGCGGCACCAGAUAUGACUUCCAUUCCAGAGGAACAGCUAGACCAGCUGUUAAUCGGUCUAGAAUCGCUACUGCAGAACGAUGCGGUGUUAUUAGAUAACAUUACAGAUACUUUUGAUCAGGUGAACGAGAUCCUGGAGGUUGACGAGGCGCAGCUGGCGAUCCCGGGGCGGCUGCUGCACCUGCUGGAUGAGCUGGGCGCGCGCGUGGAGCUAGGUGGCGCGCACACCGCCAUCACCGUGCGUCGCAACGUGGCUAUGCUGCUCGCCGACUCGGCGCCCGCGCGACCCGUGCGAGGCUUGCGCGUCGCCACCAGGUCCGCCGAUGACUUCGCCGAAGAGUCCUUCCAGUUUAUCGACUCGGAGGAGCUAGCACCUGAGAGCCUGGAGACGAGCGCGACGGAGGCGCUGGUUAUGCUGCCGGCGUCGGUGGUGCGCGAGCCGCGGCGCGUCAGCUUCGUGGCGUUCCGUAACCAGCGUGCUUUCCCAUCUCGCCUCACCGUCAACAGCCGCGUCUUCAGCGUCAACGUCGAGAACCUCACCACCUUCGAAGCGGGCGAGCUGAAGACUCUUGAGAAAUAUACAAAUCAAUUAAAGAAAGAGUUGAUUGAAAACGAAGACAAACCGAUACCUCUGCAGACCAUGGAGCAAAUGGUUAUCAUGAUAGACCAGGUCAGACCUGCCAUAAUAUCCGUUGAUACGAGUACAAUGGAAAACAAGAAUGAGAUGCUCAGGAAAUUUUUGGAGACAGUACACGAAACGACUCUUUUGAUGGACAUGUACGAAGGGCAAAGAACGGUGUUCACCCAUGGUAUGACUGUCGCCCUGGUGGUGGAAUCCUUAGAAGAAAGCCCGAUUCGCGGCGUCAGGAUGUGGUACAAAAGAUGUGGGGAGACAUUUUGUUGUGAACCUCCCGUAGUUGAAGAAAACUAUCAAUUUCUAACUGAAGAGAUCAGUGAAGACCAAAUCGACAGCAAUUUGGUGGCAGUAGAUAUGUUUGAACCGUUAUACGGAAAGGCUUGCAUUUUGAUAAUUUUCUCUCAGGAUUCAUCCACCUGUACUCUUAGAUGGAUAGCUUUAGGAACUAAUCCACAAUCUGAUAAAGAAUGGACAACCCAGGAACCUCAGAUUGAUUACAUCUAUACCAAAGAAAGCUCACAAGAGCAUUUUCAGAUUUCCAGCGACAAUAAUAUGCAGCAGGUUUUGGAUGAUCUAGGAUCAUUGCUUCAAAAUGAAACUCUGCCGUUUACAGCCGAACCAAUGCAUCACGCCUUUGAUCAGGUGGACCAACUUUUGGAAGAUGAAAAUGCUGUGAAGAUACCUGGUGAGCUGCUCCACAUGCUGGAUGAGAUCGGGGGAAGGGUGAUCCUGGAGGGGAAAGGCACUGCCACCGCAGUGCGAGACAAUGUGGCGCUGCUGGUGGCAGAUACCAGGCCGGAUAACCCUGUCCAAGGCAUGAGGGUCUCCGCUAACGGACAUGGAGGAUUCCGGAAUAAGUCCUUCGAUUUUAUUACAAAUGGCGAGUCCUCACUGUCUGAAGAUACAAAUGCGCUAGUAUUUCUGCCUCCCUCCGUGACUGCUUCCUCACGGCGCAUCAGCUUCGUGGUAUUCAGGAACGGACGCGCGUUCCAUCAGUCCGACUGCACUGUCGUCAACAGCCAUGUUCUUAGUGUGAACGUCAAGAACUUCACCAGCCUGGCUCCGGGAGAGGUGAUAGACAUUCACUUACGACCAUUCCGAAAAGAUUUACGUCGCAAUGAGUCCAGGACAUGUGCAUACUGGAAGUUCGCAGACAAUGGAACUGGGUUUUGGUCAAAAGACGGAUGUGAAUUCAUUAAGGCCACUCGGAACUACGAAUUGGACAUCUGUAGGUGUGACCACGUCACACAUUUUGCGCUUAUAAUUGCAAGUAGGGACUUUUUCUCCGAGUUUCAUGAAAACGCAUUACAGAUAAUAUCAGUAGUUGGAAAUAGCUUUUCCUUAUUUGGCAUUACUAUUAUCGCAUUAACGGCCCUCAUAUUCAAAUCAUGGAGGGUAAACGAGAGUAACAAGAUAUGGCUACAUCUAUGUGCCGCUGUGUUUGUUUUAGAUAUUUGCUUCCUUGUAAUCGUCCUUGUCAGAUUCGAACAAAACGAUGUAGGAUGUUUAUUAGUAGGAAUAUCAUUGCAUUAUUCUGUUUUAGCGACGUUCUGCUGGAUGUUAGUUAUAGCUGUGUUAUCAUAUAGGAAAUUGGUUUUAGUUUUCGCUAAAGAAAUACGAAAGAAAUUAUGGAUUGUAUCUGGUUUCGCAUGGGGAUUUCCAUUUGCGAUAAUCGGUAUACUUCUCGCAGUAGACCCGAAGGCUUAUUCAAAGGAAUAUGAGGAGAAAGCACCAAGUACACAUUUCUGUUACCCGUCAGGCUUGGCUAUUUGGUUAACGCUUUACGGUCCCAUUUCGGUUAUUUGGUUUGUGAACUGGACGCUUUACUUGAUAAUUACAUACAAUAUGUAUAAGGAUGAUCCUAGUGUUCGGCGACAUAGUAAUACAAAAGAUGGCUUUAGAAGUGUUUCAGCCAGUUGCCUACUUGCCUUUUUGUGUGGGAUACCGUGGAUAUUUGGUGUGUUCGCGUUUAAUAUUGUUGCGGCUUAUCUAUUUACAUUGACGACAUCUUUUCAAGGUUUCGUACUGUUCGUGUUCUUUGUUCUGGCAACUUCUAAGACUAGAAACUUGUGGAUGGUUCUAUUCAGGGGCCAGAAAAUUAGAAAUUCCACCUUUAAUAAUGAUAGGGAUAAAAGGAGAAUUCGAACAUCGAAAUCCCGAUUCUAUGUCUCUACUCCUGUUCGUUUGAAUGACGAUGCCUCUGGUGAACUUUUGUCAGAAAGCCGUUUAUAAUUAAUACCUAUUUAUUAUUGUUAAUUAGUUUGUAUAUUGUUUGAGAAAAUAAAGCGACUUCUCUAAUAAAUAAAUAAAAUGUAUUUCUCAACUUCCGUUACAUUAUUUGAAUAUGUAUACCGUAAGUGAGGGUUACUUUAGCUCGGGAGGGUAACUUUGUCC